AUUUACAAGACCCAUUUACAAUUAUCAAUACUGAAAUUUCAUCGAUAACGUCACCUGCCAAAAUAUCCUUAGACUCGCCAUUCCUUCGAUCUUACAAAAAACGCAAUUUAAAAAAUUCAAAACCCACAGCAUCUGAUGGUAAAGGGCUUAAAGGUCCCGGAAUAGAUGUUGUUCAACAAGAAGCAACAUCCCAAUCAUUAGAACAUGAGAUUCACAAACAUUACGAGGAAGAAUCUGAUGACUGGUGGGAAGUCUAUCGAACUUAUGAGUACGAAACCGCUGAUUCAUUAGGUAAUAUGUUCUUAGUAACAGUCGAAGAAGCUCAAGUCAUUCAUAAACAGCAUGCACUGCUAGAUGAUCUUCAGCAUGCUGAAGAAAUAAACCAAGAUACAGCAUCUCAAAGUGUUUUCAGCGCUGGUGGUGUUAACAAACUUGCGCAGAGUAAUGUAAAUGCUAAUGCGAGUAAUGUGGCAGUGGCUGAGUCUCAACAACAUCAACAAGAAGAUUUGAUGGAUGUUAAGCAAUAUCAAAAGAUUCAUGUUAUACAAGUAUCAGCAGCUGGGUUAAUGAUUGAUGAAUACGAAGAAGAAAGACUAUCAGAUUAUCAAUAUCAGUUGGAGGUAGAUAUUUUUAAUCAAUGGGAAUAUCAGAGCGAACAAGAAAACCAGCAGUCAGAUAAUUUUGUUGUUGAAUGA